AGAUUCUCAGGUUGAUACACUGCUCCCUCCCACAACCCUGACAUGUAUAUAAACUCUGAGCUCUCCAAAGCCCACUGCCAGUUCUCUUCGUGGACUAACUGCAAUGGAGAGACUAAAAAUGAUUCUUUCCUUACCCAUAUUUUCUCUCUUCCUGCUCUUUGUUGUUAACCCUGCAGACACCAACGGUUAUUAUGACAAAGUUUUGGCUCACAGCCGAAUCAGGGGCCGGGAUCAGGGCCCAAAUGUCUGCGCCCUUCAACAGAUUUUAGGCACUAAAAAGAAAUACUUCAGCUCUUGUAAGAACUGGUAUCAAGGUGCCAUCUGUGGAAAGAAAACGACAGUGUUAUAUGAAUGUUGCCCUGGUUACAUGAGAAUGGAAGGAAUGAAAGGCUGCCCAGCAGUUAUGCCUAUUGACCAUGUUUAUGGCACACUGGGCAUAGUAGGAGCCACCACCACCCAGCAUUAUUCUGAUGUCUCAAAACUAAGAGAAGAGAUCGAAGGAAAAGGAUCAUUCACUUACUUCGCACCGAGUAAUGAGGCUUGGGACAACUUGGAUCCUGAUAUCCGUAGAGGUUUGGAGAACAAUGUAAAUGUUGAAUUGUUGAAUGCUUUGCAUAGCCACAUGGUUAAUAAGAGGAUGUUGACCAAGGACUUAAAAAAUGGCAUGGUUAUCCCUUCAAUGUACAACAAUUUGGGGCUUUUCAUUAACCAUUAUCCUAAUGGGGUUGUCACUGUUAACUGUGCUCGAAUCAUCCAUGGGAACCAGAUUGCCACAAAUGGUGUUGUACACGUCAUUGACCGUGUCCUUACACAAAUUGGUACUUCAAUUCAAGACUUCAUUGAAGCGGAAGAUGACCUUUCAUCUUUUAGAGCAGCUGCCAUUACAUCUGACUUACUGGAGGCCCUUGGAAGAGAUGGUCACUUCACCCUCUUUGCUCCUACCAAUGAGGCUUUUGAGAAACUCCCACGAGGCGUCCUAGAAAGGAUCAUGGGAGACAAAGUGGCUUUUGAAGCUCUCAUGAAGUACCACAUUUUGAAUACCCUCCAAUGUUCUGAGGCUAUUACGGGAGGAGCUGUGUUUGAGACCAUGGAAGGAAAUACAAUUGAGAUAGGAUGUGAAGGAGACAGCAUAACAAUAAAUGGAGUCAAAAUGGUGAACAAAAAAGAUAUUGUAACAAAUAAUGGUGUGAUUCAUUUGAUCGAUGAGGUCCUCAUUCCUGAUUCUGCCAAACAAGUUAUUGAGCUGGCUGGAAAACAGCAAACCACUUUCACAGACCUUGUGGCCCAAUUAGGCUUGGCAUCCUCUCUGAAGCCAGAUGGAGAGUACACUUUGUUGGCACCUGUGAACAAUGCCUUUUCUGAUGACACUCUGAGCAUGGAUCAGCGCCUUCUUAAAUUAAUUCUGCAGAAUCACAUAUUGAAAGUAAAAGUUGGCCUUAAUGAGCUUUACAAUGGACAGAUACUCGAGACCAUUGGAGGCAAACAACUCAGAGUCUUUGUGUAUCGCACAUCUGUCUGCAUUGAAAAUUCAUGCAUGGUGAGAGGAAGCAAGCAAGGAAGAAAUGGUGCCAUUCACAUAUUCCGAGAGAUCAUCCAGCCUGCAGAGAAAUCCCUCCAUGAAAAACUAAAGCAAGAUAAACGCUUUAGCAUCUUCCUCAGCCUACUUGAAGCUGCAGACUUGAGAGAUCUCCUGACACAACCUGGAGAUUGGACCUUAUUUGCUCCAACCAACGAAGCCUUCAAAGGAAUGACCAAUGAAGAAAAGGAAAUUCUGAUCAGGGACAAAAAUGCUCUUCAAAACAUCAUCCUUUACCACUUGACCCCAGGAGUUUUCAUUGGAAAGGGAUUUGAACCUGGCGUUACUAACAUUCUGAAGACCACACAAGGAAGCAAAAUCUAUGUGAAAGGAGUAAAUGAUACCCUUCUGGUGAAUGAACUGAAAUCCAAAGAAUCUGACAUCAUGACAACAAAUGGUGUCAUUCAUGUUGUAGAUAAACUCCUCUACCCAGCAGACACACCUGUUGGAAAUGAUCAGCUUCUGGAAAUCCUUAAUAAACUGAUCAAAUACAUCCAAAUUAAGUUUGUUCGUGGAAGCACCUUCAAAGAAAUCCCCAUGACUGUCUAUAGACCUGCAAUGACAAAGAUCCACGUUGAAGGUGAACCUGAAUUCAGAGUGCUUAAAGAAGGUGAAACCAUAACUGAAGUCAUCCAUGGAGAGCCAGUUAUUAAAACGUACACCAAAAUAAUUGAUGGAGUGCCUGUGGAAAUAACUGAAAAACAGACCCGUGAAGAAAGAAUAAUUACAGGUCCUGAAAUAAAAUACACUAGGAUUUCUACUGGAGGUGAAGAAACAGUGGGAGCUCUGAAUAAAUUGUUGCAAGAAGAUACACCUGUGAGAAAGUUACAAGCCAACAAAAGAGUUCAAGUGUCUAGAAGACGAUCAAGAGAAGAUCGUUCUCAAUGAAAAUCUAAAAGCUAAUCAACACAUAUAGAACCCUAAGUCAACAACCUGACCUUAAAAGGAAGACUAUGAGAGCCAAUUUAACUUCGGGAACUAAAACAUCGGCACAAGACAAAUCAUGGAACAAUUCUGAACACACAUUGAAUUCUUUUAUUGUUUUGUUUUCUAAAUGAAAAACUUGAGAAAAAUGGUGGGAUUAGCCUCCUGUGGGAUAGGAACUGAAGGAAUACAGUACCUUAUAGGCUUUUUUUAUCCUGAAAUUAAGAGUUCUGACUAAAGUGGGAAUCCAUCAAAGAAAAUCCUUGUCACUAGAUUCAUUGUGACUCAAAUCUAAGAGUGGUGAGCUGUUAUCUCAUUGAGAAGAUUGAUCAUUGAAUGUACUUAAUGGUUAAAUCAAAAGCAUGCAAACAGUUACCUCUCCAUGGGAAGCUAAGUUAUAAAAAUGGGUGCUUAUAUAUCACAAACAAACAAACGAAAAUACUUUUACUUCCAAAGGCUUUACACAUUUCUAAUAAUGUAGGUUUACUGGUAAAUUAUGUUAUUUUUACAACUAAUUUUGUACUCUUGAAAUGUCAUAUGCUUCUUGCAAUACAUAUUUUUUAUCUCAAACAUUUCAAUAAAACAAUUUUUUUCAGGUAUAAAGAGAAUUACUUCAGUUUGGGUAAUUCAGAAAACUCAAGGUAUAAGUUAAAAAUCAGUUUGGACUUGGGAACAAAACUUUAUACCUCUUUUAUUGUUAACAAUUACUCAAUAAAGGAAAUUGAAUGAAAU